UUCCGAGAGGAUCGUCUUACAGAGUAUGCCGGCCCUUUUUACAGAACAUCAAUAUUCUUUUCCUUGCAUUGCCUUGAGGGGUUAGAUCAGGAGUUCGCUUUCGACGUGCAGAAAGGAAUGGUCGAUUGCUUCCGGGAGCUCCAUGCGCAUAAGGACUGUACUGCAUACCCCCACGACUUCCUAGACUUGAUUCAGGAACGGAUGAUCAUUGUUGAGUCAAAAGACAAGGAUCCGACAAAAUCGAUCUUGAGAAUUCGCUCGCAGGGCCUCCGAACCAAGUUGAUGAAGCUGCGAGACCAAUGCCGAGAAGACAAGAGUUAUUACAUGGCACCCACUUCGAGAGUGCCUGCUUUUCAGCCUCUUGCAGCUGUUAAAGCAGCACUCAAUAAGAAAGCACUUGAGAAAGUCAGAGCCAUACCUCCGAUAGAAAAGAUGAAGUAUCUUCGCUUUCACACGGGGGAGACGCGGACCACGAUUCGGAGGAAAUCGGGUGGAGACGACCAAGCUUCCUAAUAUGGGGUUGAUCGGGGUAUUCUUUAUCAAUGACUUCCAUUCCAUUUGUCGUCCCACUAGGCUGCCUUAAUAGUCAGUUAUUCAUUUAGAUUUCCAUUUUCAUUGCGGAAACACGGGAGUCAUUGAGCUUGCCCCUUCACACUAGUGGUCCC